AUGAUGGAGGAGCGAGCGGCCCCCGCCGCCGCCGCCGCAGCCGCCGCAGCCGCAGCCGCCGCCGCCGCCGCCGCUGCCGCCGCGACCGCCCCCGCCUGCCGCCCGCCGGCCCCCGGCCCCCCCAAGGGCGGCGGCGGCGGCGGGGGCGGGGCCGGCGGGGGCAGCCCCGGGGCGGGCCCCGAGCCGCUUAGCCUGCCCGGCAUCCUGCACUUCAUCCAGCACGAGUGGGCGCGCUUCGAGGCGGAGAAGGCGCGCUGGGAGGCCGAGCGGGCCGAGCUGCAGGCCCAGGUAGCUUUUCUCCAAGGGGAGAGAAAGGGUCAAGAGAACCUCAAGACAGACCUGGUGCGACGGAUUAAAAUGUUAGAGUUUGCACUGAAGCAAGAACGAGCCAAGUAUCACAAACUGAAGUUUGGGACUGAUGCAAACCAAGGAGAGAAGAAGGCAGACAUGCUGGAGCAAGUCCCCAAUGGUCCUGUGGAGCCGGUGUCUUUGGAGAGCAGCCAGCUGGUGUGGAAGGAAGGCCGGCAGCUGCUUCGACAGUACUUGGAAGAAGUGGGCUACACGGACACCAUCUUGGACAUGCGUUCGAAGCGUGUGCGUUCCCUGCUCGGCCGCUCUGUGGAGCUGAAUGGUGUAGCCGAGCCUGGUGAUAGCAGCCCUGGAGGGCUUCCUGCAGGGGAGUCAGUGUUGGCAAAGCAGAUUGAAGAGCAGAUCAAGAGGAAUGCUGCAGGGAAGGAAGGUGUGGAGCGGCUGGGCAGCUCUGUGUUGGAGAAGAUCCCAUUCCUGCAGAAUUGUGAGGAUGAAGACAGCGAUGAGGAGGAGGAGCUUGAUAGCUUGCAGCCCAAGAAACAGCGGGUCAAGUUAUCAUCGAAGCCCCUGGUCCCAGAAAUGGAUGAGGAUGAGGAUGACGAAGACUCUGAGGAUGCCAUCAAUGAGUUUGACUUUCUGGGCUCCGGGGAGGAUGGGGAAGGGUCUGCUGAUGCUCGCCGCUCUGGGGAUGGCACCGAACUGGAGAGCCGGCGGGUGAAACUGCAGGGCAUGCUAGCUGAUCUUCGGGAUGUGGAUGGGCUGCCCCCGAAAGGGACUGGGCCCCCGCCUGGCACGCCGCAGCCUCGGCCCCAUGAUGGUUCCCUCGGCUUCUCCUCUGAUGUCUUCAUCAUGGACACGAUUGGGGGUGGAGAGGUGAGCCUGGGGGAUUUGGCCGACCUCACCGUCAGCAACGACAACGACCUCAGCUGUGAUCUCUCCGACAGCAAAGAUGCCUUUAAGAAGACCUGGAACCCCAAAUUCACCCUCCGCUCCCACUAUGACGGCAUCCGCUCGCUGGCCUUCCAUCACAGUGAGUCAGCCCUGCUCACGGCCUCAGAGGAUGGUACCUUGAAGCUUUGGAACCUGCAGAAGACAGUGACAGCCAAGAAGAAUGCCGCUCUGGAUGUGGAGCCCAUCCAUGCCUUCCGGGCCCACAGGGGCCCUGUGUUGGCAGUAGCCAUGGGCAGUCACAGCGAGCACUGCUACAGUGGGGGAGCAGAUGCCCGUAUUCACUGCUGGAGGAUCCCAGACCUCAACAUGGACCCGUAUGAUGGCUAUGAUCCUGGUGUGCUGAGCAGUGUCCUGGAGGGCCACGGGGAUGCUGUAUGGGGCCUUGCCUUCAGCCCUACUUCGCACCGUCUGGCCUCCUGUUCUGCGGAUGGCACCAUUCGUAUCUGGGAUCCCAGUGGCAAUAGCCCCACUUGCCUGUGCACUUUCCACACAGCUGGCGAACAUGGGAUCCCCACGUCCGUGGCCUUCACCAGCACAGAGCCAGCCCAGGCCGUCGCUUCCUUCCGCUCAGGUGACACGGUCCUCUAUGACCUGGAGACUGGCAGCGCCCUUCUCACACUGGAGUCCCGAGGGAGCAGCGGUCCCACCCAGAUCAACCAGGUGGUGAGCCACCCCAACCAGCCCAUUACCAUCACUGCCCAUGACGACAGAGGCAUCCGAUUUCUGGACAAUAGGACAGGUAAAUCUGUGCAUUCCAUGGUUGCUCACCUCGAUGCGGUGACCUGCUUGGCUGUUGAUCCGAAUGGUGUGUUCCUGAUGUCUGGAAGCCACGACUGCUCCCUCCGCCUCUGGAGCCUGGACAAUAAGACAUGUGUGCAGGAGAUCACAGCACACCGUAAGAAGCAUGAGGAAGCCAUUCAUGCCGUGGCCUGCCAUCCCAGCAAGGCGCUCAUCGCGAGCGCGGGGGCUGAUGCCCUGGCCAAGGUGUUCGUAUGACCCCCCCGAGUCAUGCCCUGCUACCCCCCCCCCACCUCUUCCCUGAGGAAGGGUGGGGUGGGCAGGGGGCCCGAAGAGCCGGUGAUUUUCUCCACUCCACGUCUAGUCUGGGGGAGCAAGAUGCCUCAGCUCCGUGAGCCUCAUGGUGCUAGCAGCCUGUGGGGCUGGCCCUCUCCUUGGUCACUUUCCCCAUUUCUGUUGGGGUUGAAGAUGGGAGCCAUUCUCUCCAGCCAUUAGGGACCCUAUGCUUCCCUGCCCCUUCAGGAAUUUGUUCCUUUUCUCCCCUCCCUUCCCCUCUGGGGCCUGGACUCAUGUCCAGAGCUUUCCAUUGGUCUUUGAGCCACAGUCAUAGGGCUGGACAUAGGGGUGCGGGAGUGGUGAUGCUGGGAGGUGCAGCUCUCGCUCUCUUAGGACCCUCCAUCUGCCUCACUGUCCCCUCUUCUGGAGCAGCUGAAAUGGACCAGAGGAGUCAGGUGGUGCUCCGGGUGGGACACAUGGGAAUACUCCCUUGGCCUAUGGACAGUUUGGAGGAAGGAAUGGGGGUGUAGACUGAGGGUUGGGGGGACCAGGAUCACAUUCUUGGGUCACCACAGCUUGCCCCUGGGGCUGCCCUGCCUCUCUCUCCAAGGCGUAGAAACACACAAACACACAUACACAAACACACACACCCCAGACACUAGCUCCUCCCCUACCCCAGAAGCAUUAACCGCCUGGGGGGGACUAUUUUUGCCUGGGGGGGGUGCUCCUUCCCUCUCAGCUCCCCUGGGACCAGGGGCCCAUGGGGAGGAGAGGGAGGCUCAUUGGCUCUAGGGAGGAACAUUGGGGUGGGGGUGUUGAAACCCUAUUUUCCCCCUCUAACCCCCUUUUUCACACUGUAUAUUCUGUAUAAAUCAAUACAAUUUUAAAUGGAAGCCCAGACGUCCCCUCCCCCCUUCUCCCCAGAUACCCUCCUUUGGUUGUUAUCACUGUGUGAUAGUCUCUGUCGGUCUCUCCCCUGUCCCUAGUCAGGGUUCCUAAGCUUUUCUUUGUAUAUUUAUUUCACUCUCAAUUUCAGCUGUACCCCAAUCCUUGGCCCAUCCUUGGCCCACUCCUCUUCCUGCCUUCUCCCAAUUGUAUGUGAAAACUUGCCUCAAUAAAACCUUUGGAAUAAGA